AUGGACCGGAAGCAACAAAGGUAAACAGAGGUGAUCGUGACCAUGCUAGUAGUAUGCGAAGUUUUUCUGGCGCGGUCACAUGUUCAGCCUUUGAGAAGUCCUUAUAAUUUGUUUCAGCCUCCAACAGUAUAGUGAUGAGAUAGGGGAGUUUUUCACCACUCGUUACCAAGCCCUGAAAUCGGUUACCAGAUUAAACUGUCUUAGUCUCUAUGUGAAGAUUGCCUUUCCAUGUAUUUUUGGUACCAAGACAAUCCACAGUGAAACAGGUUAGCGUGGAACUAUUUAUCCACGAUCCUAUGAUCCGUGUGUCCCACAAUCACAACAAAAACCCAUACUAGCAUCCCGCCCUGUAUAUAUUAAAGCUUUAAUAACACUCCUCGGUGAGAAGUAGUGUUUCCUGUGAGUAGAUAUUCCACCUAACAUGCACAUCUUCGCCACCUUUUCACGUCUUCUCAAUUUUCUCCAUUACCACUUCCUGCACUGCCUAAUUUCUUCUACCUUCUCUCAUCUUCAAUCUUCAAUUAAGUCCAAUCUAUUCGAGGGACAUUUGCGUCUGCGCCUUUGAACUCUCUCUUUAUUACAAGCAGCGGAAUUACUUUAAAAAAAUCGGCAAGGCAAGUACCGAAAAGUAAUAAUGAAUUAUCAGAAAUAUACAGCCAGACAAAUGAUUUCAAAUGUUGGUAGCAUCGGUGCGUAUACAUACAUAUGUAUAUGUGCAAACGUAUAUGUAUUCAUACUGGAUGUAGGGGUGUCCAGUUGCGCGUCCAUGUGAAGGCCAUAGUAGGUCACUCACUCACCUGAAGGUGUUGACUACGUCUAGCACCAAGUAACUGACACCCAACUCUCCCUCAUAACACCCCGGAGCUAGCCUCUGUCUAGCAAUCACAACCCGGUAACCGCCUAGACCGGCGGGCUGAACCACUUGAGGGUGUCCGCGCUUGCAUCUCCACUGUUCUGUCUCUGACUAAAGUCCGUAACCUGUAGUGGGGAGAGGUAUUCGUCUGGCGCGACAAAACAGCCCUAUUUAGAAAGACCGCUACCUUGCCCUCAAGGGGAGCGGUUAUAUAUGGUACCCUAAACAAAGCUUGGCUCACGACAUCUGCGCGCAGACCGUGGCCCUCGGACUAUUCAACAUGCGGUCGAAAAAACACAAGGUAAAAUACUAUUUAGGGAAAGGAGAUCCCAUACUAACAGUACAGGUACUAGCCAAAAGCCCAUACACACGUUUUUCGUCGAUACUCUGCCGCUGCAUGACACAGCUGCGAAGGGUCCGGCUCAUCAGUUAGUCCACCAGCGUUCCCCGUCUGCUUUCUGGUAGAUACUCUUAUUUCGAAGUCGUUGUUUUUUAGUUUCUCCCUCUCUCUCUUUCUCUUCCCAUUUUUCUUCAUCUUCUUCUCCUUCCUCUUCCUCUUCUUCUUCUUCUUCUUCUUCCUCUUGUUCUUUCUCCUUCUUCUUUUCCUUCUUCUUCUUCUUCUUCUUCUUCUUCUUCUUCUCCUUCUUCUUCUCCUCCCUCUUGUUAUUUCUCCUUCUUUUUUCCUUCUUCUUCUUCUUCUUCUUCUUCCCCUUCCUCCUCCUCCUCCUCCUCCUCCUCCUCCUCCUCACCGCCUCCCCAUCUCACAGGCAGCUAGGGUGAGUUCGCUCACUCUGGCGGCCGGGUAUGUUCGUCCCCUUUUAGAUAAGCAAAGGGACAAUCGACCGGAACGAAGACCGGCGCUAGUCGAUCGGGAAUUGGCACGCUACAAGGUGGACAUCGCUGCACUCGGUGAGACCCGGUUCUCCAAAGAAGGCCAACUGGAGGAGGUGGGUGUCCGCUACAUUUUCUUCUGGAGCAGUCGCCCCAAGCCUGAGCGACGUGACGCAGGCGUAGUCUUUGCCAUCCGGGAUGACAUCGUGGAACGACUGCCCUGUCUACCGCAGAGCAUCAAAGAUAGCCUGAUGAGCCUCCGCCUGUCUCUCCGGGAUGGCAAAUUCGCCACCAUUGCAAGAGCCUACGCCUCAAGAAUGACCAACCCAGACGAGAUGAAGACAAUGUUCUAG